UCCUCCAUAAAUACGCCCAUCCUGUCUCUCUCACACUCCCUCCCUCCCUCCUGCCCACUACUAUAGUUCAAGAAAGUUUAUGUGAUCAUGGGAAUCCGAAAGCCUGCUUGGUUAGAAGCACUAUACAAUCAGAUAUUCUUUCAAGCUUGCACAAUUCAUGAGAACUCAAAGAAGAACGAGAAGAAUAUUUGUUGUUUGGAUUGUUGUAUAAGCAUAUGUCCACACUGUGUGCACAUUCAUCGCUUCCAUAGACUUCUACAAGUUCGACGUUAUGUAUAUCAUGACGUCGUGCGACUAGAAGAUCUAGAAAGACUUAUCGACUGCUCGAAUGUUCAAGCUUAUACCAUUAAUAGUGCAAAGGUUGUGUUCAUCAAGAAGAGACCUCAGAAUAGGCAAUUCAAAGGCUCAGGGAAUUUUUGCACUUCUUGUGAUAGAAGCCUUCAAGAGCCAUUUAUCCAUUGCUCUUUAGGGUGCAAGGUGGAUUUUGUGCUCAACCAUUAUAGAGACCUCACACCAUUCCUAAGGGUAUGCAAAACAUUACAACUUGGCCCUGAUUUCAUCCUUCCUAACGAUACUUGGGACGAUGACAUAACAAACGAGACGCACUCAACUAUCGUGGACUCUGAUGACCCGAUGAGCUCAGGGUCGGGCUCAUUUGGGUCCGAACCUAUGAGCAUCAUGUGCACCGGGUUCGUAAGAAAGAAAAGGAGUGGAUUAUAUAGUUGUGAAAGGUUUUCUAGUAAGGUUCACUCUGAAGAAGAUAUGGCCACAAGCAUGAGUAGAAGAAAGGGAAUUCCUCAAAGAUCACCAAUGUGUUGAGAAAUUAGAGAUAAUUUAAUAAUACAUAACCUCUUUUCUUUUUUUGUAUUUCUAUCGUUUGUUUCUAUUUUUUCUAAAUAUUUUAAGAUACUUUUACUCA